AAUCAUACUUAGUGGGCCUGAUUGGGUCCGGACUACUUCAGUGCCACCGGGCUUGACCUCUCUUCGGGGGCAACAAUUACUUGCAAGCAGUCUGUAGGGAAGAAUGUUGCAGGGCCUACCGCCUGCCUCUUCAUGGUCCAGCAUGUUCCAGAACGGGUCUCGGUCAUCCACGCCUUCUAUAUUUCAGUUUUGUUUUUUGUUUUUAUGUGAACUGUUUGUCGUUUCUUUUUCCUUUCAUCAGUACUAGGUUCGAUGCGUGUCGCAGCUGGAGAUCUUAAUUUCUCGCCACAAUUAUACCGUUCUCAAGCGUCUGGCUUUCCGUUUCCGCAAUUGAAAGCCGAAGUGCCCCCUCCUACCCCUUUCGUGCUCUCGAUCUUCCGCACGAAGCAUACAUCUUAGGGUUAGGGUUCAGAGGCGACGGAAAGAGUGUGAAGAGCGAAAGAGAGGAAUGGGAAGGGGAAAGGUGCAGCUGAAGAGGAUUGAGGACAAGAGCAGUCGGCAAGUGACUUUCUCGAAGCGGAAGGGCGGGCUGAUAAAGAAGGCUCGAGAGCUCGGAGUGCUGUGCGACGUGGAGGUGGCGCUCGUGAUCUUCUCCGACCAAGGCAGGCUCUAUGAAUUCUCUAGCGCCGAGAGUCUUGGAAAAAUCCUCGAGAGGUAUAGGAGACAGGUAGAAGAAGAAAUCGCUGUCCGCAGGAGUUCUGAGCUAGAAAAGAAAGACUGGUUGUGUAAUGACUCAUGGAGGACGAAACAGGAUAUGACGCAUCAUGCUGACUGCCCUGGUCUUCAGAUGGGCGCUAGGCCACUGGAAAUGAUACAAAGGUACCUUGAAGAACAGAAUAUUCAAGAGAAAACCUUGAUAGAACUCAAUCACUUAGAGAUAGAACUGGAUGUGAUGUUGAGACAAACCAGAUUCAGAAAGACACAGCUAAUGAUUGAAGCUAUAAAAGCGCACUAUGAAGAGGAAAAGCAGCUGAGAGAAGAGAAGACACUGAUGGAGGAGGAGCUGGUAGCAAUGAUGAGUGAGAACCAUGUCCUGAGACUGGAACUGGAGCCCAACAACGCCCGUGCCCCUCCACUCCACGAAACCUUGCUUAAUCUGUUUUGACCUAGAAGUGUCACUGCUUUCUUGCAACUCAAGAAGUUGUCCUCCUACCUCCUAGUUCUAAAGAAUUCCAGGUGUCACUUUCAGACUCCCUGAAAAGCUGCAUAUCCACCUGACCUCCUGUAUAGCUUUGGAUUCCUUAUUGGGGGGCUGUCAUUCUUUAUAGAUAUAGAUUUAUCCAGUGCGAAAUAAUAUAUAAUAAUAUGUUGAUGUUUUUUUUUUUUUUUUACCAGUCCGAGACCUGUUAAGUAUUUAUGUAGUUGAUGUUUAUUUUUUGACAAGUCCAAGACCUGUUAAGUAAAUAAGGUGAUAUUUUCAAACACAGAAUAUCCAUUUUAUUCAACUUUUUAAAAAGGUGCUCCUAA